UAUAAAUUCUAUUUUGCACUCUCUCUCAUCUCUCUCUCUCUCUCUCUCUCCAACAUUUCAGUGAAACUGAACAACACAAACAGAACACAUACAUCACCAUUUUCCCACACAAAAAAAUACCCUAAAACUCAACAUCACCCAUCUGAAAAAAAUUCAAUUUUUCACAAACCCCACAUCUCAAAAUCUAAACUUUCUCAACCCCUCUUCGAUUUCACCCACAACACUACAAAUUGGUGUAGAAAUCCUCAAAAGGGUUUUCUUUUUCUGUGAUUUUCAUCAGAAAAAGAAACCCAACACCACCAACCACACCACAAAUCCAACCACAACAACAACCAUCACAAACAAAAUGAAGAAAUUGAAAAACUAUUACAUGCACUUCAAAAACCAUCCUCACCACCAUCACCAAUCCCCAGAAAGAAAAUGGAUUUUCCCACUUGCAAUCGGUUCAAUCCUCUCUCUCUUCCUUCUCUUCAUUGCAACACUAACAUCACCACAAGGCACACACAUUCUACCUUUCUACCGUUCCAUUUCAGCUUCCUAUUCCGCUUUUGUUGAAUCUAAGCUUCACCCUUUACCCAUUUCAAUGUUCCCUCCUCCACCUCGCUUUGCUUAUCUAAUCUCUGGCUCUGCUGGGGAUGGUGCCUCUGUCAAAAGGGUUCUUCUUGCGAUGUAUCAUCCUCAUAACCGUUAUGUUGUUCAUCUUGACCUUGAAUCUUCGCCUAAGGAACGUGCGGAUCUGUUGGAGUUUGUGAAGAAUCAUGAUUUGUUUAAGAGAUUUGAGAAUGUUAAGAUGAUUACUAAGGCGAAUCUGAUUACUUAUAGAGGUCCUACUAUGGUUGCUAAUACUCUUCAUGCUGCUGCUAUUUUGUUGAAGGAAUGUGGUGAUUGGGAUUGGUUCAUCAAUCUUAGUGCUUCUGAUUAUCCACUGGUUACUCAAGAUGAUCUGCUUCACACGUUUAGCUACUUGCCUCGCGAUCUUAAUUUCAUUGACCAUACGAGUGACAUUGGAUGGAAAGAUCAUCAGCGUGCGAGGCCAAUAAUUGUUGAUCCAGGGUUGUACAUGAAUAAGAAGCAAGAUGUGUUUUGGGUUACACAGAGGAGAAGUAGACCAACUGCUUUCAAGCUUUUCACAGGUUCGGCUUGGAUGGUACUCUCAAGACCUUUCGUCGACUACGUCAUAUGGGGAUGGGACAAUUUACCGCGAACCGUUCUCAUGUACUAUUCAAAUUUCAUAUCUUCGCCCGAAGGAUACUUCCACACAGUUAUUUGCAAUGCUCAAGAAUUCAAAAACACGACCGUGAACAGCGAUCUACACUUCAUUUCAUGGGACAAUCCUCCCAAGCAACAUCCUCACUACCUCACAGUCGCUGACAUGAAAGCUAUGGUCGACAGCAAUGCUCCCUUUGCGAGGAAGUUCCAUCGAGAGGAUCCGGUUUUGGACAAAAUUGACGCAGAGCUCUUAUCCCGAAAUCCCGGAAUGCCUGUUCCUGGUGGUUGGUGCAUUGGCAGCAGAGAGAACGGGACUGACCCUUGCUCAUUAGUAGGAAACACUACGGUCCUAAGGCCAAACAACGGUUCGAAAAGGCUUGAAACAUUAAUCAGCAAGAUGUUGUCGAACGAAAAUUUUCGGCCUAAACAAUGUGUAUGAGACGAAACCGACAUGCGAAAGAUGAUCUUGUUUGAGAUUAUUAUUUAACCUACCACUUGCUUUUUUAUUUUAUAUAUAUGUGCAAGGUUUAGUUAGCAUGAUGAGUAAAAUUAGUGUUUCUUUCUAUAGUAGGACAAGAAAGAAAAUAGUGAAAUUAUACAUGUUUGUUGGAGAGAGCAAAAAUUGAGACAAAUCUAAGUGAAAAUGAAAAUGGGUUACAAGGUUUUGUUGAAUCAAGCAUUGUAAUAAUAGUAUUAUGUAUAUGAGAUGAGAUGUGACUUCAUUCAA